AUGGAUAGUGCAGAGCCGGAGCAGCUGCUCUCGGCUGGUUACUCACACGCCGCCACGAUGAGCCAAAUCGCAUCAAAAGGAAAUUUGCUUGGCCGUGGAGAUCGAUUAUACAGACUCCUAGAGUCUUUCAUCAAUGGCAAAAGAACCACGAGAAGCGCGGACGACUCCAAGCUGCUGUUGGAAUCUAUAUGCAGUCAGGAGGACCAUGCUGGCUGCAUUGAGAGAAUUGGCUGCAGCCCUCAUGCACUUCAAGCCAUUCGCCAAGGCGUCCGCUUCGACCAUUCGGAUGGCUUCAUCAAUGGACAUCUCGCAGAAUUCUUGGCUUACCUCGCUACUCCUGCUGUCAAACUGCUCUGCAAUGGCGAAUUCCUUCGGCGCGUUCUGGCUGAGAUAGUUCGACCACCAACUCUUUGGAACGCCUUGGUUGCGGCGUACGAAGAAAAGCGACUGACACAAAGAUCGCAGUCCAACUUUGCUUGGCUGCUGCUAGAGUUGCUACUGUGGAUCGAUGAGCCCCCAAUCGACGUCGACGCACUUGCGAGUAAAUACACCAACGGCAAGGACUUUCUCCAGUCCGAGGACCGACAAGUUCGUGCUUUGGGCUAUCGUAUCCAACACAUUGUCCAGGCAAAACAAAACGAUCACCAUGUUCUUCGAGCUGGGCCAGGCGGUCGCCACGACAACGAUUUCACGGAUUUCCGAAAGAUUGCCAUCUAUCCCACCGAAGACGAACUAUCCAGCACUCAUCGCCCAUACUACAACUCGGCACAAGCACUUGCUGACCAGCCUUGGGAUUCGCGGGCUGGAUUCCAUCUUGAAAACCAAUUUCGUCUGCUUCGCGAAGAUUUCUUGGCAGACAUUCGCGAUGACCUUGAGACCUCGUCGAAGAAGGGGAAGAGAGCUUCCAAGCGCGCAAGAACUAGUUUGCGCGAUCUCGAGAUUGCAGGUGCGUACUGCGGUCAGGACAAAUUCAAAGUUCCAUUUUCUCUUGCAGUCUCAGUUGGAAGUGGCUUGGAAUGGCUCACUGGCCGAGAUGUCAACGAGCGCCGGAAGUACCUAAAGAACUUUCCCGGUGUGUUGAAGCACAACUCUUUUGGCUACUUCAUCUACGACGGUUGUGUUGUCGCAUUUGCAAAGCUUGUACGAGUUGAAGAGCUUCUCGUGAAGAAAACUCCCGUUGUGGCCUUGCAAGUGCCAGGAAGUGCGGCUCUGAAGAAAGUGCUCGUGUCACUGAAAACCUCAAGGGCGGUCGAAUUUGUGCUUCUCGAAACCGCAGCAUUCGCUUAUGAGCCUGUCUUGCGUUGCUUGCAGAGUAAGGUGGAGCUUCCGCUUUGGGAACAGCUGCUUGCAACGAAAGGGAAUGGCUCCGAAGUAUCUCUGCAGCAUUCAACACUGCCUGUAAAAGAUCUAUCUGAUGAGAUUGAGCAGCACGGUGGCGGGGAUUUGAGCUCCAUCAUGGGUCUUUCUAAGUCUGUUCGACUGGAUGAGUCGCAGACAUCGUCACUGCUGGCUGGUCUGCGCCAGUCUGUCAGCCUCAUUCAAGGCCCUCCCGGAACCGGGAAAUCAUUCAUUGGCGCAUUGCUUGGCAAGGCGCUUCAUGACCAUACAAAAGAGAACAUACUGGUACUCUGCUUCACGAAUCACGCUCUCGAUCAAUUCCUCGAAGAUUUGUUGGAUAUUGGUAUUCCUUCUGAGAGUAUGGUCCGUCUCGGCUCAAAAUCGACGCUACGCACUAAACAUCUCAGUCUGCGAGACCAAGGACCAGCAAGGUCACGAACACCGCAGAAUUGGGACAACAUAAAUCGACUCAAUGGCGAGACCCAGCGUCAAGAGGAUACGCUCAAGGACACGAUCACUCAAUACUCUGAUCUCGCAGACUCCAGUAAUGAGAUUAUGAAUUACUUGGAAUUCUCAGACGAUGACUAUCAAUUCUUCGAGGCCUUCUCAGUUCCCGAGAACGACGAGGGAUUCACCAUCGUGGGUGAAGCCGGGAGGCACGUGGAUGAGUCUUACCUCCUCGACCGCUGGAUCAGAGGCUUAGAUCCCGGUGUCUUUGCCAACAGUGUAUCUUCUCGGCACGUCGACAUUUGGACAAUGGAUAGUAAUGCACGCUCUGAAAAACUACAACGCUGGAAACGCGAGAUCUUGCAGGAGGCUGCUGGGAAGGUAAUAGAUGGAGUGAACGGGUUCAAUGCCAGUCAAUCCACUCUUCACGAAGCUUUCUAG